ACAAAUCCAAAUGUACGCGUUGUAAGUCUCUGGUCUCUGCGCCUGAUAGAAGCUGUGGAUGUCAGUGAAGAUUAAAUCCAUCUUUUUGUUUGUCUGCUGCCGAAUUUGAAGUAAUGCAUUUUUAUUUUUUGGAUGCAAUGAAGAACAAAAGAUUUGCGUCUUACGGCUACAGCCUCGUGUCUCUUUUUGUCUUCCUCCACACCGUCAGUGGAGACGUGAGCUACUCUAUCCCAGAGGAGAUGAAACAUGGAUCUGUGAUUGGGAAUAUCGCCAAGGAUUUGGGACUUGAUUUGGGCCAGUUAUCUUCCCGUAAAGCACGCAUUGAUCCUGAGGAUAACAACGUUCAGCACUGCGGCAUCAACCUCAACACUGGCGACUUGGUGGUUAAGGAGAGGAUUGACAGAGAAGGGCUUUGUGGGAAAAAGGCUUCGUGUGUUCUUAAACAAGAACUUGUGCUAGAAAACCCAUUAGAGCUACACCGUGUUAAUAUUCGUGUUUUAGAUGUUAAUGAUAAUUCACCACAAUUUAAUGAAGAGUUGCUAAAAUUAGAAAUUCACGAAUCAGUGGCCAAGGGUGCUCAUUUUCUUCUUGGGGAUGCACAUGAUGGCGAUAUCGGUGAAAACGCUGUUCAAAGCUACACUUUACAACAGAAUGAUCAUUUCAAAUUAAAUGUAAACACUAAACCGGGUGGACGGAAGUACUGUGAAUUGGUCUUAGACAAAGAAUUAGAUAGAGAAGAUAAAAAAGACAUCAUGCUCUCGCUGACGGCAUAUGAUGGCGGCACUCCUCAGAGAAGAGGUACAGUAGUCAUACACGUCACUGUGCUGGAUGCUAAUGAUAAUGUACCAGUGUUUAGUCAGACUGUUUAUAAAGCCAGUGUGCCUGAAAACUCUCCUCCUGAUACAUUGGUGAUCACAGUGAGUGCAAGUGAUGCAGAUGAAGGCUUAAAUAGUGAAAUUACAUAUGCAUUUGGCCACAUUUCUGAUGACAAUAGUAAUGUAUUUACAUUGCACCCGAAGACUGGAGAUGUGAGAGUGUCUGGUAUUGUUGAUUAUGAGAAAAUGUCAUCAUAUGAAAUGCAAAUAAGUGCAAAAGAUGGUCUUGGAUUAGUGUCUUAUUCAACAUUGAUCAUUGAUCUUACUGAUGUAAAUGAUAACACUCCUGUUAUACUACUGAAGUCACUGUCUAAUCCAGUACCGGAGGAUGUGUCACCUGAUACAGAGGUGGGCAUCAUUAAUGUGCAGGACAGAGACUCUGAGCAAAAUGGACAGGUCCGCUGCUCAAUUCAACAAAACAUACCCUUUAAGUUAGUUCCUUCUAUUAAAAACUAUUAUUCUUUGGUGACUACUGGACAACUGGACCGUGAAGUAGUUUCUGAUUACAACAUUACAAUCAGUGCCACUGACGAGGGCAGUCCGCCUCUGUCAUCCUCUAAAAGUAUUUACUUAUCUGUAGCAGACAUCAAUGAUAACGCACCAGUGUUUGAGGAACAGUCGUACAGUGCAUAUGUGAGUGAAAAUAACAAAGCUGGCUUCACUUUAUGUUCCGUUAGUGCUCGAGACCCCGACUGGAGGCAGAAUGGUACCGUGAUUUAUUCUCUGCUACCCGCUGACAUUAACAGUUCCCCGGUGUCCUCCUAUGUGUCUGUUAACGGAGACACGGGGGUGAUCCAUGCUGUCAGGUCAUUUGAUUAUGAGCACUUGAGGAAUUUCAAAGUCCACGUCAUGGCCAGGGACAACGGAUCUCCACCACUGAGCAGCAAUGUGAGUGUCAGUGUGUUCAUAUCGGAUGUGAAUGACAACUCUCCUCAGAUACUGUACCCCUCCCCAGAGGGCAACUCCUUCAUGACCGAGCUGGUCCCCAAAGCUGCACACGGAGGCUCUGUGGUGUCCAAAGUGAUCGCGGUGGAUUCAGACUCUGGACAGAACGCCUGGCUGUCCUAUCAUAUAGUCAAGUCCACUGAUCCAGGACUUUUCACCAUUGGUCUCCACAGUGGAGAGAUCAGGACCCAGCGGGACAUUUCUGAAUCUGACAGCAUGAAACAGAACCUGAUUGUGGCAGUGAAAGAUAACGGACAGCCCCCUCUCUCUGCCACCUGCCCCAUGUAUUUACUUAUUUCUGAUAACUUGGCUGAGGUGCCAGAACUGAAGGACAUUUCUUAUGAUGAGAAGAAUUCCAAACUGACGUCUUAUCUGAUCAUCGCACUGGUGUCUGUGUCCACCUUCUUUCUGACCUUCAUCAUCAUCGUCCUGGGUGUGAGGUUUUGCCGCAGGAGAAAGCCCAGACUGUUGUUUGAUGGAGCAGUUGCCAUCCCUAGCGCGUAUCUUCCUCCUAAUUACGCAGAUGUUGAUGGCACAGGAACUUUACGCAGCACCUACAACUACGACGCCUACUUGACAACAGGUUCUAGAACCAGUGACUUUAAGUUUGUGUCUUCUUACAAUGACAACACGCUGCCAGCUGACCAGACUCUGAGGAAAAGUCCUUCUGACUUUGCUGAUGAGCUUCAGGAUUCCUUUGAUCCUCUUGAGAUAAGACUAAAGAGAUGAUCAUCGACCCAAGAACAAGGGAAAAGGAGCUGCAUAGACCCCUGUUUAUUGAUAAGACUGAGGUGGAGAGGGUGAAAACCUUCAAGUUCCUUGGCACACACAUCAGCGAGGACCUCACCUGGUCUCACAACACCCAACAAAUUAUGAAGACGUCCCAAAGGAGACUGUACUUCCUGAGAAGACUGAGGAAAUUUGGCAUGUCCACCAAAAUCCUGAGUUGCUUCAACAGAUGCACUAUGGAACGUGUCCUUUCCGCCUCCAUCACUGUUUGGUACGGUAACUGUACAACACGUGAUAGGAAGGCACUCCAGCGGGUGAUCAAGACCUCACAGAACAUUGUUGGGGCAGCCCUCCCCUCACUGCAAGACAUUUAUAAAACUAGAGUCCUACGAAGAACAAACAACCUCAUCAAGGACAGCACACAUCCACAACACUCAUUAUUCACACUCCUACCGUCAGGCAGACGCUACAGGAGUUUGAAGUCCAGGACCACAAGGCUGGCAAACAGCUUUUACCCACAGGCCAUGAGGCUUCUUAACGAAGCACUCACACAUGCCGCAGGUAACACACACACACACACACACAUAGCACUUUUAUUUAUUUAUUUGUAUUAUUUAUCUGUAUUAAUGUCUCUUCUGUUGUUGUUGCUUAAUUUAUUGGUAUUUAUGUUUCUUAUGUUCUUAUUCUUUUUCUUGUGUUUUCUUUCUUUUCUUGGGAGAAUGAACAUAAUAAGAAUUUCAUUGCAUAGUAUAACUACCUGUUUUACUAUGCGAAUGACAAUAAAACUCCUGAAUGUUGAAUACAAAGUUCAUUUCAAAACCCACUAGUUUCACCACCAAGUACAGCAUAUCUCCAUCGUUUUACUCAGUGAACAGCUCCCUGUUCAUCUUAUAAUUAUUUUCAGCAGUAUCUUGUUAAAAUGAAUUAAAACAUUUGCCUCUUGCAACGAAAAUGCAUCUGCUUCCAAAAAUAAUACAAUUGUAGCCCCGCUUUGCUAUGUAUUUUUAGUCCAGCUGAAUCUUUUUGAUAAUUAAUAUUCAUGUCCAAUAUUAUUAUUUGUUUAUUUGUGAUCCCUGUUAAUAGGUCAUAUUCUAUUUUCUUUAUUGUGUUUUGUUUCACAUAUUUUUUCUCUAAUUAAUUUAAUAGCUUUUCAUUAGUUCUUGCAGUGCCAAAACAUUACUGCUGUCCUUGGAGCUGAAAUUGUGAUUUUUGGUAGAAAUUCGACUCAAACGUGUUGUGGCAAACCUACAAGUCGUACAAAUGUAUAAAUAAAUAAUUUACUCAAACUACAAAAUUAAAUGGCCAUGAAUUGAAUAUGCAAUACUGUAUGCAGAAUUUGGGAUUUGGUAUUUUCACUAAGUUAACUUUACUUUACCAAUUAUAAACGGUAUCUUAAUGAGAGUUUAAUUCUUAUUUGAGAAAUAUAAUAGCUAAGGUCACCUAACGGUGUCCAUAAGAGAACAAACCCGAGAAUAUUAAAAAACGGAGAUCAUGAAUAUUUCUGCUUUUUUUCCUGUACAUUAAUGUUUAAGCGUCAACAACGGUUUACCUUUUUGUCAUGUUCCUUACGCGUCUGAAUUUUUUUUUCAAGAAAUUAUUCAUCAUUUCAAAAUAAAAGUUCUAAUAUGAAUAUGUGGCAAAAAAGAACAACGACAAAUAUAGAUUUAAUUAAUAUUUCGUUCUGUUAUGCAUAUUUAUAAUUUAUGUUCACCAGCAUAUCCAUCAGCAAUAGUUUUAAAGUCAGGAUGAUAUAUUUUUGACUGUUAAUAAAUUUGAAGGUGCACUACUGUGAAAAUGCUCUAAGGGCCGCUCUUGGUACGUCAUUGAAUUGCAGUGAAAAUGGUGAGUGCCAGUGUUCCUCCUCUUCAACUCCUUUAGACCUUCACUGGCGAGAAAGACGACGGUCUGCUCACAAUUUAAAUAGAAAUAUUUCCCGUGGAUCCUCCUGUUCAUUUCGGAUUUAUUGUUUGAGGAGCUCUUGCUUUUAUUCUGAAGGAACCU